UUGGACGCUGUUGCAUUGUGGGACAAACGACUGACGCGGCGGCCAUUUUCCCGCUGGACGCUGCUUCCCAUUGUGGAUACGAGGAAGAAAAUAGACACAAGCGAAACAUUUCUCACGACUUCUACUCACUUUUCCUCCCAGGUGAUUUUUAGUAAUCAUGGCUCGUACCAAGCAAACCGCCCGUAAGUCCACUGGAGGCAAAGCCCCACGUAAGCAGCUGGCCACGAAGGCUGCCCGCAAGAGCGCCCCUUCCACUGGGGGUGUCAAGAAGCCCCAUCGCUACAGGCCCGGUACCGUGGCUCUGCGUGAGAUCCGUCGUUACCAGAAGUCCACCGAGCUGCUGAUCCGCAAGCUGCCCUUCCAGCGCCUGGUGAGGGAAAUCGCCCAGGACUUCAAGACCGAUCUGCGUUUCCAGAGCGCAGCCAUCGGGGCUCUGCAGGAGGCCAGCGAGGCCUACCUGGUGGGUCUGUUUGAGGACACCAACUUGUGCGCCAUCCACGCCAAGCGUGUCACCAUCAUGCCCAAAGACAUCCAGCUGGCCCGUCGCAUCCGCGGGGAGCGUGCUUAAACCCUCUUCUCCUCAGUCUUCCCCCCGUUUCCACACCUUCCCGCCCUUCCUUCACCCAUCUGUCUCUCCGCCCCUGAGCACCUCACCCGCUCCCCCUCCCCCCCCCUCCUCCCUGUGAUAGUAGUGUGUAGAAGAAGACUGAUUAUAUUAUGGAUAACGUGUAUAGUCGUGGUUUUUCUUAGUGCUCUCGGCAGCAGACUUCUAGGGUACUCUCUUUUUCGUGCAUGUACCGACUCUUUGGUGAUGGGAUCUCCUUAAGCACACGCCUCCUGGUUUGUACUGACUCUACUCAGACUCUGAGGAGGAGAGGAUGACUUCUGGAUAGAACAGGGAACACACAUAGACUAGAGUAAUGCAAAUUGGGGAGGGACAGGUAGGAGGAGAGGGCGGGUAUGAGUCUGCUGGGAGACUUUGGUCUCCUUUCUGCAGCAGGGUGCUAGAAGAACUUACCUGGUCGUCUCCUCCUGCUCUCGAUCCUUGCUCAGAAAUGGUGUUGGUGUCUUUUACAGACGGCCGAUGCUGUAUUUUCUGUCCCCGUGUGCGUCUGCAUGAGGUUUGGUUCUGAUCGCAUAAUGUACACCAUCCAUCAGCAUCUUUGGAGAACUUGAUUUAUGAAGACCAUACUGAUCAUCACUGUCAUUCAUCAGGUUAGGGUUAUUUUUUUUCAAAUAAGUCUGGCGGACGUUUUAAUUUUUUCUUCACUUCAAACUAUAUGACGAGGAGACGGGGGGAUUAAUCAGAUUAAAACACUGACUGAGUACAUAAACACAAAAACAGAUUUGUGAAGCUAUUGACUUAUUUUGGCACCAAAGUUUGAUCUUCUUCUUGAUGCUCUUUUCCUAAUUCACAGGAGAGUUUAACCACCUGUUUUUGUGGUGUUCAAAAUGUUAUCUCAUUAUUUAAAGCUGAAGCAUGAGAGCUCAAGUACGGUGUCAGAGAUAUUUUUCUAGUAGUGGCUCAUUUAAAAAAAAAAAAAAAAAAAAACAGGUAACAGGUUUGUAAUUUUCUUCAAAACCAAAAGGCUCUCAAAGUGGGCAAAUUAAUUGUAUUGUUUAAGCAAACUAGCUGAUUAAAAUGUGAACAUGUAUUUUAAAUCAUUGUUACAUGAUACAAAUAAUACAGGUGUUUUCUGUGUACGUCCCCCUGUGCUUCUAUUUUAUUUCUCCGGAUCAGUCGAUCGUUUGUAUGCCGUUUCUCAGGUCGUCUUGUCGCCCUUUUAACUUAAUUUAAUUUUUUUUUACUCAAUUUGAUUUUCUUUUUGAAAUGUUGAGGAUGAUGUUUCAAUUAAACAAUGUUUGUAUUUUCCAGAUUUGUCAUAUAAGGUGGUAAUAAAUGGAUGUUACACACA